GCCUAGCACCAAAGGAAAUAAAAUUUCAAGACCACUGUUUCGACUUCGCGCGAGGGAAACCAAUGGAGCACCGGCAAGAUACGGUGUCUUCACUGUCAAAGCGACCAUCUCUGAAAUCCGGUUCCCAAUUCAACAAAUAUAACAUCUGGAAAGACAAGUUGAGGGAAAGUUGCUAUAAAAGGGUACGAGAGGACAGAACCCGCUUGCUCUGGAAAAUGAGGCUGCCCACUUCUCAGUCAGGCAAACCAAAUCAAGAGGAUAGAGUCAGAUCUACAUUCCAGGAUAUCGUAUAUGAUGAACUGAAGAAAAUGAAGGAAUCAUCAUUAUGUCACACAAUUGAGGAUCUAACCUCUGAUUCCGAGUUUGAUGACUUGUUAUGGGAGUAUGAUGGUGUUCAUACUACUUAUCAGGGUGAAUGUGAAGAGAUACUGAUAGAAAUGCAAAGAAUAUUUUAUGAAGAUCUAGAAGCUGAACCAAAUAUAAAAGCUAUUGAUAGCAUAAGUGAAACAUGGGAAGAUGAAGAAGAUGAGUUCUUGGCUCGUGCACUUUUUGAGCAUAUGCAGCUAAAUGCAGAUGAGACCCAUAGACAAGAGAUUUGGUGCCCUAUUUGCAAACAAGGAGAACUUAAAGAGAGUCGUCAUCAUAUAUGCUGUACCCAUUGUGAUCUUCGACUAAAUAAAGACAACGAGCUCACUCUGGACUUCCUCCGAGAGCGACUAGCGGAAGCUCAUACUGAGCAUUUUGACAAAGGCUGCAGAUUGAAGCCCAAAUUCUGUCUCAGGACGAGAUUUAAUUUAACUGCAUUAUAUAUUUCAUGUGAAGGCUGUGAUACAUUUGAAGUUGUAAUUUAAAAUUAUUGUUGAAUUCUUUUUUUAGAAAAAGAAAUUUUGGGUGUUUUUAGGUUUAGCUCAAUGAGUUAAUUCUUACUACUCCCUGGUGUUUGAAAGUAGUUUUAAGUGUUAUCGUGAAAA